CUGCUUAGCGCGCGGGAGAGAAAAAAUGUAUUGUUAUCCAGCAAAGAGCAGCAGAGUGGCGCCCUGUGUCUCUCUGCUUUUCUCAGCGGGGAAUUUCAUCAAACACCUUCGCUUCGCGAGAUCCGUAGCGUUUCUUCCAUGGCAAAUCCACACAAAUUCCUCUGUAAGCACGGGAGCCUCUUGUUUUAAGACCCUAAGUUCAACUCAACAGGACCAGAUUCAUCUCUACGUCGAUACCCUUCUCCAAUGGAACCAGAAAAUGAACCUUACAGCUGUGAAAAACUCAGAGGAAGUAAUGGAGAGGCAUAUUGAAGAUUCUCUUUCGAUUUUGCCACCUAUAAAGAGUUGUUACACCUUGCACUGUAAUGCUUCGUUCGAUAGCAUCAAUUUGAUCGAUGUGGGAAGCGGCGCCGGUCUUCCUGGGCUGGUAAUAGCCAUUGCUUGCCCAGAUUGGAGGGUCACACUCAUGGAGUCUAUAAACAAGCGGUGUGUUUUCUUGGAGCAUGUGGUUAAUGUCACUGGGAUUUCAAAUGUUCAAAUCUUAAGAGGAAGAGCCGAGAAUUUGGGGCACGAUGCUAUGUACAGAGAGAAGUUUGAUGUAGCUAUCGCUAGAGCUGUUGCGGAGAUGAGAGUUUUAGCCGAGUAUUGCCUUCCUUUGGUCAGGGUCGGCGGGUUAUUUGUAGCUGCCAAGGGUCAUGAUCCUAAGGAGGAGGUCCAAAAUGCAGAAAAAGCAGUUCGUUUUAUGGGCGGUUCCAUAUUACAAAUUUGCCCAGUGGAAUCACACAGCCCGUAUGGACAGAGAACCGCCGUCAUUUCCCUGAAACAUGGUCCGACUCCACAGAAGUAUCCCCGUGAUCCAGGUACACCAGCAAAAGCGCCUCUUUAAAUCAUCACCCUUCUCUCCAUCGUGGUUUCGUUAAUGGUAUUGAUGGUCUUCGUGCUAUUCUCAGUUUUCGAGUUUUUUUCCCUUUCUUUCCCUGGUUAAUAUCUAAAGCAUAGAAGAUCUGAAGAAUCUGUGUAGAUAUUUCACCGUACCUAACUUCUCCAUUUGGGCAUUAGUUAAACAGCUCAUUCUUUUGAAAGAUUGAGUAGAUAAUAGUAUCUUCAGCAAGAAGGGAUGGGAUAUAUAUAUAUAUAUUCUGAGGUAAGAUUUCAUAUGACA